AAACACUUUACUUUUUUAUUUUAUUUUUUUUUUAAAUCUUAUCAUUGCAUGAUAUUUUAAUGAUUUGAUUUAAUCAUAAAAAGAAAAACUAUAUUGAAUGAUUGUUAUUCAUGAAUUGUUAUUUUGGUAUCUUGGAGAAAGUGUAAUUGUAUGUAGCGAAAAUAUGUCGAUGCGAUGCUACUCACGUAUCAACUUAGUUGCUUCCGUGAUAUAUAACUCUCCACAGAGUACUUUAACGUCAGAAUGUGUUGAUAUUUAUCAGUGAUUAUAUUGUCAUUUGUUUAGCAAGAAACUUUCAAACUUUUUAUAAGUUAUAAAAUGUUGGUAAGUAUUUCUAAUUAUAAUCUAUUUUAAUUGCGUAUUUUAUAGAAGUUAUUAUUUUCAGAAGUAUAUUAUAUUUUCUUAUAUUAUGUUUUUUUCGGUAUAUGCCGAAUCAUCCAUUCAAGAUGUAAAACCAACAAAUGUUCUUGGCACUUCUGAUCAGCAUGCGUCUUUCAGUUUUAUUAGACCAGGUUUAAUACAAACAGCUUUUGCUUUUAAUGGUCCUAACUCACAUCAAUCAUUUAGUUCCAAUAUUGGAAAUCUUCAAUUAGCGCAAAGAGUUUUACCAAAUAUUGCUAACGCUCUUGCUUAUAAAAAUCCUGGUUUAGGUAUAUUUCCUAUCGCACAUGGCUAUGCAACUGCACCUAUUUUUGUUUCUUCUGCAUCUACAUUACCUUAUCAAGCUUCUAUUGAUCCAGUUAAUGCACAAGCUUAUUAUCAACAUUUACAACAAUUUCAACAACCCCAUAUACAUGGCUAUUCACCAGCUAACAUAUAUCAAACACAAUUAGCGCAACUAUUUGCAUUACGGCAAGCUCAAGCUCAAACUCAAUCUCAAGAAAAUAUACAAGCUACACAGUCUCAUACACAAGUUCAUCCUGAACAAAUUCAGUUGCAACAAGAGCAACAAUCUCAAAAUUUAUUAGGUGUUGCUUAUUCAUCAGCACCAUCAGUAACACGAGUGAAAGUUUCCGGAAAUGGCUAUAAAUUUGAUUUCUAAGAUAUAUAAGUAUAUUAUAAAAUACUAAGUUUUGUAUUUUUUAUUAUAUUUCAUAUUUUAUUUAUUUAUUUAUAUAAAUAUAUUGAAAAAAUAAAUAGUUUUAAAUUUUAC